GCAUCGCUCCCUUCCUUCAUCCCCUCACCUCGGACCUUCAUUGACAUAACAAACUGGAGUGAGUGCAUGGAUUGGCUUGAGGUGAUUGACCACUAGAUUGCUCGUCCCGCCGCACGCGUGUGUUUGUGUGUGUGUUUGGAUGGUGUGUCCUCAGAUUGCCGUGUUGUUGAACAGUUUCUGAGUGAGUGAUUGGUGCGGGUGGGAAUUGGUUGCGACAGUUGAUAGUACCAAGGAAGAAGAGCUGGAGAGUAGAGGUGAAUGGGAGGCUUGAUGUGGUGGAGAAUUCUGGAGCGAUUGCUUUGGGGUGUUGAAUGAGGUGUGGCGGGAUUGAGAUUGAAUGAGACGAGGUGGUGCGGUGUUUUGGGUGCCUGUGCGUGGGAAGGUGGCGGUGACGCAGUGCAGCUUGGGAAUCGAGGAGCCGAGACUUGGGUCUUUCGUGGUGUCGUGGUUUUGGUGGGUCUUUGUGCACUGGGGUUGUUUCUUCGCUGUGUUUGGCGAAGGCUUGUCUACUGGAGGAAUUCCUUUGGGGUUGCAGAAGGCCUGGUGCAAUACAGUUUUUGCGGCGAGCUUAUCUGGCGUAGGGAAACUGAAAGGAUUGUCAGGUGAUUUGAACAGGCAGUCUUGAAUUUGGUGGUUUUUUUUGCAAGCAACUCUGAGGAUGUGAUUGAGCGCACUUUGCUGAAGAGACGUAAGAUAGUUCCAGGUGGGACAAUUACCAAGCGAGUUAUUUCUAGACACCAAGCGGAGUCGUACCACGCCUACUGGAUGGUCAGAAAAGUUUGUGUAGGGUUUACCUCUCGGAGGGUUGCGCAUUUGAACGAAACGUUAUCGAGAAGUUGCCGAGAUGGGCGUCAAUACUUUGCUGCGCCCCACAUUGCAUACUUCACCGAGGCAACCGAAACUGAGGUUAAAUGUUGCUGCAAGAUUGCGUAGCGGUGCCCAUGUGGGUGUCGUAAUCGGAAGCCAAGGUCUAAAAUGUAACAGUGUCGAAAGUCUUGAGCCGGGAUGGCUGCAUGCGGAUCCAAAGUCUUCUUUCAGGCGAAGCGUUGCUUCUCCAUCGCACAGGUGCUUCUUCCAAGAUCAUGGUGCGGAAGUGAUUCAGACUGUUAGUGACGAAACUGUGUUGAAACCAAUAGGCACAAACGACUAUGAAACAAAACAGGGACCCUUGCCGAUUGAAGAUGGAACAGUUGUGGAAGUUUUGUUACCCACGAUGCAGGUCCAGUCUUUGGAGGAGCAAGAGAAAUUGGCCGCAACCCCAGCACACCCCGAGGGUCUCUACGCCCUCUUUGGCAGCUAUUUUGCCUCCUGCUUUGUGGAGCACACCUGGCGCUUUGCCUGGCCUGCUGUCAUAGCCGUGAUGCACCAUACCCUACUUCCUGUUGCUGUGGUCAGCUUUGUGAGUCAGCUUGUAAUAUUUGCAGCAGGUCCUUGGGUGGGAGCUUUGAUGGAUUCCAUGCCUCGGGUGGAUGCGUUUAAGUGCCUAUGUGUUGUACAGACACUCUCCAUGUUAACUUCAGCAAGUGUCACCAUCUAUGCCCUUAGUGGAGCAGCGCCUAUGGCUUCUACGGCCACUGUAUUAUUUCUUCAACCCUGGUUUUUGGUACUUGUUGCUGCCUCCGCUGUGGAGCGGUUGGCUGGGCUAGCUACUGGCGUAGCCUUUGAAAGAGACUGGGUGGUUUUGCUGGCAGGAGCUAAUCGGCCGAUUGCCCUAGCAAAUGCAAAUGCCAUUCUUCGCAGGGUUGAGCUGGUGUGCGAGAUAUCAGGUCCCUUCAUUUUUGGGAUACUUUUAUCCCAAUUUGACCCAAAAUUGUGCGUGAAGUGGGCGGUGGUAGUAAUGAUCGUCUCUCUUCCUGUUCUUCUGAACCUGGUAGAUAGUACCGAUAGACUUUCCAAGGGGACGUUACAGCGUCCAAAACAUGCAAACCCUGGGGACAAGACUAAGGGCAGCACUGCAGACACACAUCAUGAAGAAGCAGCAGAGGGAGGCUUGCAAGCUGUCAUGAGGGGCUGGAAAGAGUAUCUAGCGCAACCUGUACUACCUGCAAGUUUAGCAUACGUGCUUCUAUAUUUCAAUGCAGUCUUGGCUCCUGGUGGUUUGAUGACAACAUAUCUCACCCAGCAAGGAGUAAAUGCAUCACUGGUUGGUCUGUUUAGAGGAUUGUGCGCUCUAAUGGGAUUUGCUGCCACCUUUCUCUCAGCUACGAUGAUCAGCAAGUUUGGGGUGUUGAAGGCAGGUGCAGCUUCGUUAAUUUUCCAAGCUUUGGUACUUGCAAUGGCGGUCACAGUAUACUUGAGCAACCCUAUCGGGCCGCAGGCCUCAUUGGUUUUGUUUCUCUUUUUAACCGUGAUAUCUCGAUUAGGUUACUGGGCUUAUGAUAUGGUAGAUGCCCAAAUUUUUCAAACUGCGAUUCCAGCUACACAAGCUAAUCUUGUGGGAACAACAGAAGUAUCAUUAGCAAGCUUAGCGGAACUAGUUAUGCUGGGAGUUGCAAUCGUGGCCAAUGACGUAAAAUAUUUUGGAGGUUUAGCAGCUCUAUCGAUGGCCUCAGUAGUGGGUGCUGCCUGGAUUUAUUGGCACUGGUUGGCAAAUCCAACUGAUGAUCAAAGGCGGUUAUUUCCUCAUGACCCACAUUUUGAUGAUUCAAACAAAGCUAGGCAGUUAGCUCUGCAAAAGCUGGUCCCGUCGUCCUUGUAAUAAUUUUUGUCGAGACUUUCAAAUGCGAAGUAGUUAUCCUUCAGAAUAUUCAUUUUCUUCUUGGAUAAAGGUACUGUUAUAUGGUCCCUACUACUGAAAAGCAUUUGAUGUCUAUUUAUUGGUGUAGGACGUGAAUGUAGUUAGUGAUGUGAGGGCAGGCUCAUGCGUAUAUGAGUGAUAUCUGGAGAUACAUCCAUGCUAGGAUAAAGAUCCAUGUGCAUCAAUUUGUAUCUCAUCCGGAGUUGGAUAACCUCACCAGUCAACUACACCCCCUGUAAACUUUGUUGUACAUAAAGCUUCUAUUUUUCCGCAA